AUGGCCAUGGUUGAACCGAAGAUUUACCCUGAUACCGAUUGUAAGAUACGAGAGGAGAAUGCAAGGUUAUUUGCUAAUAUCGAGAAAUGUGCUUUUCGUGUUGAUAAAGUGGUGUUCUUGGGUUUUGUGGUGAGUGCAAAUGGUGUGGAGGUUGACGAAGAAAAAAUGGAGUCUAUUAGAACUUGGCCGACUCCUAAAAGCGCAACCGAUGUGAGGAGUUGCCAUGGGUUGGCAAGUUUCUAUAGAAGUUUUGUAAAGGGGUUUAGUACAAUUGCCUUUCCCUUGACCGGAUUGAUCGAGAAAGAAGUUCCUUUUGUUUGGGGAGAUGAGCAAGAGAAGGCAUUUCAAGACUUGAAAUCCAUGUUGAGUUCGUCGCCGUUGUUGCAAUUACCCAAUUUUGAGAAAACUUUAGAAGUUUAG